AUGGGUUUUAUAAAGAGUGGGUUAGCUGGUCGAGAGUCAGUUGGAUUCUGUUGGCUGUGCUGUGAAGAGGAAGGGUCAUGUGGUUCUGCAAGGGACAAACAAGGAAUAGCCAUAACACUAACCCAAAUAACCAUAACCCCAUCCCUAACCGAAAUAACCCUAACCCUAACCCUAACCCUAACCCAUAACCCCACCCUUAAUCGAACUAAUCCUAACCCUAACCCUAACCCUAACCCUAAACAUAACCCUAGCCGAAAUAACCCUAACUCUAAACCUAACCCAAAUAAUCCUAACCCUAACGCAAAUAAACCCAACCCUAACCAUAACGCAACUAACAAUAACCCUAACAGGAAUAGCCCUAACACUAACCCAAAUAACCAUAUCCCCACCCCUAACCGAACUAACCCUUAUCCUAACCCUAACCCUAACCCCAACCCUAACCCUAGCCCAAAUAACCCGAACCCUAACACUUACCCUAACCCUAGCCGAAAUAACCCUAAUCCUAACCCUAACCCAAAUAACCCUAACUCUAACGCAAAUAAACCGAACCAUAGCCAUAACGCAACAAACCAUAACCCUAACAGAGGAAGCUGUGUUGUGAGCGAUGUUGUAGCACUUUUGGGCUGCGUUGAUCAUGACUUCUGCAGCUGCAGUGUGCCUGGAUCUGUGGGCUUUGUGGUUGUCUGUGCCCUAAUCCUAGGUACAACAGUAGGACCGAAUAGCGCUAACACUAACCCAAUUAACCAUAACCCUAGUCCUAACCGAACUGACUCUAACCCUAACACAAACGCUAAUCCUAACCCUAACCCUAGCCCAAAUAACCCUAAACCUAACCCUUUCCCUAAACCAAAUAACCCUAACCCUAACCAAACUAACUCUAACCCUAACACAAAGCUUAACCCUAACCCUAACCCUAACCAUAACGCAACUAACCUUAACCCUAACAGGAAGAGCCCUUACAUUAACCCAAAUAACCAUAACGCUAACCCUAACCGAACUAAAACUAACCCUAACACAAACCCUAACCCUAACGCUAACCCUAGCCCAAAUAAACCUAACCCGAACUCUAACCCAAAUAACCCUAACCCUAGCGCAAAUACACCCAACCCUAACCAUAACCCUAACCCGAGCCCUAACUCUCAGCCUGACCCGAACCCUAACUCAAAGCCUAACCCUACCCCUAGCCUAAAUAACCCUAACCCUAACCCUAACCCAAAUAACCCUAACCCUAACGGAAAUAAACACAACCCUAACCAUAGCCGAACUAACUCUAACCCUAACCCUAACCGUAACCCUAACCCUAAGCGUAACCCUAACCCAAAGAACGCUAAACCUACUGGAAAUAAAACCAACCCUAAACAUAACGCAACUAAAAAUAACCCUAACAGGAAUAGCACUAACACUCACACAAAUAACCAUAACCCCACCCCUAACCGAACUAACCCUAACCCUAACGGAAUAGCNAACCCUAACCCUAGCCCAAAUAACACUAACACUAACCCUAACCGAAAUAAGCCUAACCCUAAUGCAAAUAAACCUAAUCAUAACCCCAAAUACCCUAACACUAAACCUAACUCAAAAAAUCCUAACCCUAACGCAAAUACACCCAACCCUAACCAUAACUCAACUAACAAUAACCCUAACAGGAAUAGCCCUACCACUAACCCAAAUAACCAUCAUCCCACCCCUAACCGAACUAAUCCUAACACUAACCCUAAACCUAACACUAUCCCAAAUAACCCUAACCCUAACUCUAACCCAAAUAUCCCUAACCCUAACGAAAAUAAACCCAACACUAACCAUAAUGCAUCUAUCCAUAACCAUAACAGAAAUACCACUAACAGUAACACAUAUAACCAUAACCCCAACCAUAACCGAACUAACUCAAACCCUAACCCAAACCCUAAGACUAACCCUAACCCUCACCCUAACCCCAACUCUAACCCUAACCCUAACACUAACCCUAACCCUAACACUAACCCAAUAAUCCCUAACCCUAACGCAAAUAAACCCAACCCUAAACAUAACCCUAGCCCAAACAACCCUAACCCUAACCCAAAUAACCCUAAUCAUAACGGAAAUAAACCCAACCCUAAACAUAAAGCAACUAUCCAUAACCCUAAGAGAAUUAGCACUAACACUAACCCAAAUAACCGUAACCCCACCCCUAAGCGAACUAACCCUAACCCUAACCCUAACCCUAACCCUAACCCUAAGCGUAACCCUAAGACAAAUAACGCUAAACCUACCGGAAAUAAAACCAACCCUAAACAUAACGCAACUAACAAUAACCCUAACAGGAACAGCACUAACACUAACCCAAAUAAACAUAACCCCAACCAUAACCGAACUAACUCUAACCCUAAACCUAACCCUAAACCUAACCCUAACCCUAACCCUAACGCUAGCCCUAGCCCUAGCCCAAAUAACCCUAACCCUAACACUAACAUUAACCGUAGCUCAACUACCCCUAACACUAAUCCUAUACCAAAUAACCCUAACCCUAACGCAAAUAAACCCAACCCUAAACAUAACGCAACUAUCCAUAACCCUAACAGAAAUAGCACUAACACUAACCCAAAUAACCAUAAUCCCAGCCCUAACCGAACUAACCCUAACCCUAAACAUAAAGCUAGCCGAAAUAACCCUAACCCUAACCCAAAAAUCUCUAACCCUAACUCAAAUAAACCCAACACUAAUCAUAUCGCAUCUAUCCAUAACCCUAACAGAAAUAGCACUAACACUAACCCAAAUAACCAUAACCCCAACCAUGACCGAACUAACUCAAAACCUAAACCAAACCCUAACACUAAACCUAACCCUAACCGUAACCCUAACACUAACCCGAAUAGCACUAACACUAACCCAAAUAACCAUAACCCCAAGCCGAACCGUACUAAUCGUAACACUAACCCUAACCCUAACCCUAACCCUAACCCUGACCCUAAGCCUAACCCUAACCCUAACCCUAACCCUAACCCUAACCCUAGCACUAACCCAAAUCACCCUAACCAUAAAGCAAAUAAACCCAACCCUAAACAUAACGCAACUAUCCAUAACCCUAACUGA